GCGCAGGUGAGGGCGGCGGCGGGGGGGGCCCGGGCCGGGCGCGGGGGGCUCCGGGCAGCGCCCGCCCCCACCGGGGGGGGGGGCCCCGACGGCUCCAACCCUCCCCAUAGCCCGCACCGGGGGGGCCCGGCCCAGCUUGGGCCGCUCCUGCGCCCCCCCCCCCCCCAGGCCCCGCUGCCGGGUCCGGGUCCAGGAGGACACCGCGGGGGGGCUCCAGGGGCGCCGGUCCCGGUCCCGGUCCCGGUUCCGCACUGUCCGGGGGGGCGUCGCCAUCGGAAGUGAAAGGGCUCCAGCCGCGGCUGUGGGGCGCUGUCCCGGUGCCGCCCCCCCCCGCCGUGGGGCAGCCCCCACCCGGUGUCAGCGCGUCGCGGGAGGUGCCCCACAGGGCGCCCGCACAGCGGCAGCUUCCCCCGUGCCUUGCGCAACCCGCGGCGCUGCUCCUGCCCCACGGCGGGGCCGGGCCGGCAGCGCUCCAUUGGCGACGUGCCGCCGGGCCGGUGCGGGGCUGGGCUGGGCGCUGCCGGGGCAGGAGGGGGACAAGGGGCCACGGGUGGUGCUCCCGCUGGAGCUCGGAGGCUGGGGCUCGGAGCAGGAGGAGGCCCAUUAGCGCUGCCGGAGCUCCUCCGGGACGUCAUUACGGGCGCUAAUAGCAGCUCAAAGCCGCUUCCCAGCUGCCGGCAGCUCCCGCGGGGGCCGGGACCCCCCCCCCGGGGCACCCGCAACACCCCGCAAUGCUUGCACCAGCUCCUGGGAGCAUCCCCGCAGCUCCCAGCUCCUUUAUCCCUUUGGGGGGUUCCAAUGGGGUCCCCCUGACCCGCUGCCCCUCCUGCAGCUUGACCCUCAGCCCAGCGGCCGGUGCCCCCCCCCCAACCCGGCACCAUGAACGUCUUUGACCGCAACAUCAACUUUGACGCCCUCUUCAAGUUCUCCCACAUCUCGGCCUCCACCCAGGAGCAUCUCAAGAGGGUCUACGCCAGCUUCGCCCUCUGCAUGUUGGUGGCGGCCGUGGGGGCCUACGUCAAUGUGGUGACCCACCUCUUCCAGCUGAGCCUGCUGACCGGCCUGGGGGCCCUGGGGCUGAUGGUGUGGCUGACGGCCACCCCGCACAGCCGCGACACGGAGCGCAAGAGGCUGGGGAUGCUGACGGGCUUCGCCUUCCUCACGGGCAUCAACCUGGGGCCCCUCCUGCAGAUGUGCAUCUCCAUCAACCCCAGCAUCAUCCCCACCGCCUUCCUGGGCACCGCCACCAUCUUCACCUGCUUCUCGCUGAGUGCCCUGUACGCCCGGCGCCGCAGCUUCCUCUACCUGGGAGGAUUCCUGCUCUCCGGCCUCACCCUGAUGCUUCUCUCGUCCUUGGUUAACUCCUUCAUGGGAUCCACUUGGCUCUUCAUGGCCAACCUCUACCUGGGGCUGAUGAUCAUGUGCGGCUUCGUGCUCUUCGACACGCAGCUCAUCAUCGAGAAGGCGGAGAGCGGGGACAAGGAUUACAUCUGGCACUGCGUUGAUCUCUUCCUUGACUUCGUCAACAUCUUCCGGGAGCUCCUCAUGAUCCUGGGCAUGACCGAGAACAAGAAGAAGGAGAAGAAGUGAAGCGGCUCCAGGCCGAGGUGGAGCCGUCCCCAUCCCCAUCCCUGUCCCCAUCCCCAUCCCACCCAUCCCCGUCCCCUCUGGUCCAUUCCAGGGUUGCGCUUUGCUGCCGUGAGAAGCAGCCGGAAGCUUUCGCCUCUCGUGGGUUUUUUCUCUUGUUCAAGCUUUUCUUUGAUUAGAAACUGGCCAAUUUGUGGAUCCUGCUGGAAUUUGGCUCCCCCCAACCCCCCCUUUCCCAGCUCCCCCCCCCCCUUUAUCCCCCAUCCCAUAUCCCACGGCUGACACAUUCCGGAGCUUUCCAGAGUCACCGUGUCCCUGCGGCAGCCGGGAUGGCGGGGGGGGGAGCUGGUGGGACCCCCCCCUGCAGCCAGAUUCCCCAUUAGUGCCAAGAAAUCCAAUGGGAAAGCAGUGGCGGGGCCGGCGCGAUCCGAACCGGAGCUAUCCCAAUCCCGCUGCCGCCUCUUUGUACACCGGGAUGAUUGAAUAAACGCUCAGAAUGGAACCCUCAGCCCC